AUGGCAGGACACCAACCCCAAGGCGCCCUUCCUGAUUCACCUCCAACUCCCGCAAGGACUGCCGUCGGCGAAGCAGCAGUAGGUGGAAUGGCCGCUCAGUCUGGCGGAGACGGCGGAGCGGGAGGUUUAGGCGGAGGUGGAAGCGGAAGCGGGAGCGGAAGCUUAGGCGGUCGUCCUGUGGGGGAUGACUAUGUUCUGGAGAAACAGAUAGGUUCGGGGUCGUUUUCCGUGGUGUGGAGGGGUAGGAGGCGGUCGACGGGCGACGCGGUGGCGAUUAAGGAGAUUCCGACGGAGAGAUUAAGUGCCAAGCUGCACGAGAGCCUCGAGUCGGAGAUUGCGAUUCUGAAACGCGCAAGGCAUCCCAAUAUAGUUCACCUAUUGGACAUAGUUAAGACCUCGUCGCGCAUGUUCCUUGUCUUGGAGUAUUGUGCUGGCGGGGACCUCUCGCACCACAUCAGGCGGGGCGGCGCGGUGAAAGAAGCAGCAGCGAGGCACUUCAUGCAGCAGCUGGGAGCGGGGCUGCAGGUGCUGCGAGCCAACAACUUGAUUCACAGAGACUUGAAACCACAGAACCUCCUGCUCUCUGAGCGCUCGUUUGCUGCAGUGCUCAAGAUCGCAGACUUCGGAUUCGCCAGGUCGCUGCAGCCACAGGGACUGGCGGAGACGCUGUGCGGGUCUCCCCUGUACAUGGCGCCAGAGAUCCUGCAGUGCCAGCGAUACGAUGCCAAGGCGGACUUGUGGAGUGUGGGCGCCAUUCUGUUUGAGCUCGUUGUGGGCCGACCCCCUUUUGGCGGCCAGAAUCACGUCCACCUCCUGCAGAACAUCAAGAGAAGCGAGGCAAGGGUACCCCGCGACAUUGCCGCCACUCUCUCGGACGACUGUCUCGGGCUCAUCCGAUCUCUUCUCAAGCGGAACCCCGUGGAGCGGCUGUCGUUCGAACAGUUCUUCAACCAUCCCUUCCUUGGCUUAGCAAGUUCCCCGCAGUCUAUCUGGCAACCACCAGCCUCUUUCACCAACUCAGCUACUCACGCCGAACCUCCGCCACUCCGUAACGAACCUCCACCGUUCCCUGCCGAGCCUCCAUCAUCUUCCGCCGAACCUCCGCCUCCGUCACAGAGUUCCAAACCUCCUCCAGCUAUUUCUGCGUCUCCUGGCGCAGCGGGGGUUGCGCCUGCUGCCCCAACCUCCCCCUCCCUUACUCCCCUACCUCAUACCCCCGCGCCUCCCCCGUCCCUUACUACCCCUGCCCCUGUUCCCCCGUUUCCCCCUCCCCUUACCCCCCCUGCCCUGCCUGCCCCCCGCGCUUCCCCUUCGUCCGCCCCGCCUUCGUCCCCAUAUCGCUCCGCUUCCCCACACCUUCCCCCGGGCCCCUCGCUUCCUGCUGCUUCUAACCCUGUUUCAGCUGCCACUGUAAAUAAUGCUGUGUGUGGUGCUGUUAGGGGGGAUUCUUAUAAGGAGGAUAGUGAUCCCUGGGCAGGAGAUGAAAGAGGUGCGUGCGGCACUGCCCCCAGGUGCGCUGUUCCCCUCUCUUGUCGAGCCACACUGGUUGGACCAUCACUGGCAGCAACCGUACCACUCUCGGUGGCAGUGGCAGUGGCGCCAUCGGCAGCACCACCGUUGGUGCCUGCACCGCUGCCCCCUCCAGGAGAUGAAAGAGGUGCGUGCGGCACUGCCCCCAGGUGCGCUGUUCCCCUCUCUUGUCGAGCCACACUGGUUGGACCAUCACUGGCAGCAAACGUACCAUUCCCAGUGGCAGUGACGCCAUCGGCAGCACCAACAUUGAUGCCCGUAACGCUGCCCCCACCAGGAGAUCAAAGAGGUGGCACAGACUCAUUCGAGAUGCUGGAAGGGGACUAUGUGGUUGUGGACCAUCCGUCUGAACCCUCUCUGUCCCCUUACUCCGAACCCUCUCUGCGGCACACACUUAUUCGAGAUGCUGGAAGGGGACUACGUGGCGGCACAGACUCGUUCGAGAUGCUGGAGGGGGACUAUGUCGUCGUGGACCAUCCAUCCGAACCCUCUCUGUCCGCCGACCAAUCCGCGUCUGCCAACCCAUCUCUCGGCCAGUCGAGCCGACAUCAACAGAUGAAACCACCGGGGUCUGCCUCUACGUUCCCUGCUGCUGCAGCAGCUGCGAACGUUGAGGCGCCUCAAAACCCAUCUCUCAGCCACUCGAGCCGACAUCAACAGAUGAAACCACCGGGGUCUGCUUCCACGUUCCCUGCUGCGGCUGCAGCAGCGCUCAGCACCAUCCCACGCUCGCUCCGGCUUGGCUCUGGCUUUCCUGGUAGCGCUGCUGCUGCCCCUGUGGGCUCAGAUGGGUCAGGAGCGCUGCUGCCCCUGCCUGCUCAUGUGUUGGAAGCAGCAGCACCGCUCGCCUCGCUCUCCCUCCACCUGGUCGCUCUCGCUGUGUGGAAAGAGGCUCUCACGCUCUCCCACGAAUGGGCUGCCACUAGUGCCACCAGUGCUAAUAGCGCCCCCAGUGAUACUUACUACGGUGGUGCUCAUAGUGGUGAUGCUUAUAACGGAGGUGCUUAUAGCGGUUCUGGUGGAAUGAUUCCGGUGCGCAGGAGCAGCAGCGUGGGGGGGCAUGGGGGCGGCAUGGGGGGGCAUGGGGGCAGCGUGGGGGGGCAUGGGGGCAGCGUGGGGGGGCAUGGGGGCAGCGUGGGGGGGCAUGGGGGCAGCGUGGGGGGGCAUGGGGGCAGCGUGGGGGGACAUCAGGGCAGCAUGGGGGUCCAUGGGGGCGGGGAGGAGGCAGCAGCAGCGAUGGCAUGCGAUUUGGUAGAAGCUGAGUUCCUGGCAGCUGUGGAGACGGCAGAGGUGGUUGCUGCUGCUGUUGACAGGGACGCAGCAGCGAUGGCAUGCGACUUGAUGGAAGCAGAGUUUCUUGCAGCUGUGGAGACGGCAGAGGUGGUUGCUGCUGCUGUUGACAGGGACGGUGAGUGCGGUACGCGUGGGUGCAUGAAAUUGACAAGGUGUAUUGUAGGUAAGAAGAGGGAGGCAGCAGUAGCAAUGGCGUGUGACUUGGUGGAGGCAGAGUUUCUUGCAGCUGUGGAAACAGCAGAGACAGUUGCUGCUGCUGUUGAUAGGGACGGUGAGUGCAGCACAGAUGGGUGGAUCUGCUUUUUCUGCUGUCCUCUCAUCGCUUCAUCCCCUCAUCCUUUUUUCAACCACCAUUCCCUCCUCCCUCCCCCCUUAACAAACCCAUCGCCAGUUUCUCAUGCUCUUGAUAUCAUCUUGCCACUCUCCUCUCCUCCUCUCAUCGCUGCAACCCCUCAUCCCCUUUUCAGCAACCAUCCCCUCCCUCUUCCCCCCACCACAGACCCAUCCCACCCAUCGCCUGUGCCUGAUGCUCUGGAGAUCAUCCAUCAAACUGCCCUCAUUGCAGGCCGCUCUGCAGCUGUGGAGGAGUUGAUGGGAAACAUGGCAUCAGCAGCAGCAGCCUAUGCGCGCUCAGCCACGCUCUUCGCCUUCCUCCUGCACCUCGCCCCUCACCUCCCCAUCUCCCCUCCCCUCGUGCUCUCCCCUGCCGACUGCCACCGCCUCACCAAGUACCACGACGGGCACUGCACUGCUGUCCUCUUCUCCCUCCUGCACCUCGCCCCUCACCUGUCCGUCUUCACCACUUCCCCUGAGAGGGAAGGCACCUGA